AUGUCCUUUACAGAAGAAAUUCGAACUGCAGCUGCAAGGCGCAAUGAAAUCCGCAACAUCCUUCGAGCAAACUACGUUGGCCCUGAGCGGGCAAUGCAAGCAUCCCUGAACGAAUUCCGCCACUGGACACCACAUGAUGUUGCCUCGCUUUUUAGGGAUUUUCCACCCCUUCCUGAACGGCGGCUAUAUCCCGUAGGCCCUGAAGCUCGGUACCCGCCACCAGGAAGACGACGGUGGGCGGAGCUUGCAGCCAAAAUCGCUACACUGGCCGUUGUUGAUACGAUCGCCGUUGCAGCUUCGCCGUUAGCGCUGGCGACGAUGGAUGCGGAAAAGCGGAAGAAGACAGCCUCAGAGCUGCUUGACUUGAAUGUGAAUAUGGUCUCAUCGUCGCUGUUUGUGGCGCCGCCGUUGAGCCUGAUGGAGCAGGCAGGUCGCGUGGGCCAGGCUCUAUGUGUGAAUAGAUGGGGCCAGUUUCGCAUGCUGAAUUCUGGGUACGCUGCUAUCUCGCAUGUAUGGGCUGAGACGAUGGGUCUUGAGUAUAACGAUGAGAAAGUCGACCAGGACGAACGCGGGCUGCUCAAGACGCACUUUAACAAGAUUAUGGGGAAAGCCCUUCAGUGUGGAUACGAAUGGGUCUGGCUUGACCUUUUGGCUAUCCCGAAGAAGUCGGACCCUUCCACUAGCGAUGCUCGUCUUACAGAGAUCAAGACUCUCAUUAUCAACAGUCUGGACGCAGUAUACAGGAAUGCGGACGCAGUUAUUGUGCUAGACUCCUUGACCCUGCACCUCCCAUCGGCUGACCCGUUGGUGACCGCGGGAGUACUCGUCUGCGGAAUGUGGCUAACUAGAAUCUGGACCUAUCAGGAAAUAAAAUUAGCCCGGAAAGCACUGAUUGUUACCGCGACACAUGUCGUUGAAUUCCAGGAUAUACUUAGCACUCUAGAGUCCCAAGCCGGGCAGGACGGCGAUCGUUUCUACGAACUCCACCGGACCUUUGCGCGUUUGCAAUCUGUGUACGGGCCCGGAAUCAAUCUUGCUGAUAUAGCGUUGUCAUGUACCAAUCGCCACACGAAGAACGAAGUCGAUUAUGCCCGUGGCUUCUACGCUCUGCUUGGCUUGAAGUGGCAGGCCAGUUGGACUUACCAAGACGGAAUCAAGCAUAUCUACAACUCCCGGCCGCAAGAAGCAGCCAUGAUUGCCUCUAUGCAUGGCCCACGUGGCUUGCCCAAUCCUUUCACCUGGGCACCAAAGUACCUUGCCCAGCUCCAGGGUAAAAGCUGGAAGCCCUACUAUUUUAAAUGCGAAUCGUUUGGCUUGGUGGGAAAGUGGUAUUCUGCUUCCGUUCUGAAGUUGGUGCGUGCUUGUUUAUACGAGCAACCAGGUAGAGAUGAUAAAUUAGCAUUCGAGCUCCUCAUCGGUAACAGCACGGGAGACACUGAGCCUGUCGUGGUCGUUACUUGGAGCAAGGACUACACUACCGAUUUGUCUAAGUGGACAGAGUUGAUAUCUGAUUGCAAGUCGAGACUGCUGUGUGCGGACGAGAUCGUGGUAGGCGAAAGCUUUCCGACAGUGCUUCUUGGGGUCUGCGAAGGUGAUAUCGAGCCUGAUUACGGCCUGGGGGCUGGUGCUAUGGGAUAUGUUCUUGCAAGCGGGGUUCUCGUAUCAGGAAAUAUGCAUUCUGUCCCUAAGACAUGGCUGCUAAAAACAACCUCUCUGGAAACUAGCUCUGUGAUGCUUUCGGCCGGGGCUGUCGUAUUGACCGAUUGGGGUAUACCCAUCGUGCUAAACCACCUGAUUGAAAUCCGAUAUCCGCUUCCGUUCGAGAAGCCCAAAUUGGAGAAUUUCAAGUUUCUACCACAAGAAUUGGAGACCGGACCCACCCACUUAGCAAAUUCUUAUCAAAGCCCCAAAUCCCCUUCACACCGUUUUUCACCAAUUGAACUACCACGGCAGCGAAUGGCAAAUACAAGCCAAUAUCUCUCUUUCUUGGAGGCAGGAGCAGUAGGAGGAGUUGGUGACCAUUUCACGCAGCUUCAACCCCCUAUCCUCCAAAAAGCCCCCUCCAGGAUCCAGGAGACAGAGGCGGACAAUGGAAUUGGAGAUGAAAAAUACCCCGACGGCGGUCUGUCAGCCUGGCUCGUCGUUCUGGGCUCCUGGUGUGCAAUGGUCCCUUCAAUGGGCCUCCUGAAUACAUUCGGUGUCCUCCACGCCUGGACAUCAAAACACCAACUCCUGGAAUACUCAGAAAGCAAGAUUGGUUGGGUGUUUGGGACGUAUGCGUUCUUUUUGUACUUUGGAGCGGCGCAGAUUGAAUACUACCAAAUUCUCCUCUCCUUCAGCAUCCUCGGCGGGCUCUCUUCAUGUUGCCUCUUCACUCCCGCAAUCAGCGCAAUCGGGCACUGGUUUGAUGUUCGGCGUGGUCUUGCUACGGGAAUCGCCUGUACAGCAGGUGGACUGGGGGGUGUCUUCUUCAGCCUGAUCGUCUUAUACGUGGGGCCCGUUCUCGGCUUUCCGUGGGCGAUGCGGAUUAUCGGGAUCAUCUCGGCUGUUCUGUGUGGUUUGGCAUGUCUUCUCCUCAGGACUCGACUGCCUCCGAAUAUCAAGGCCGGCAUGGCUGUUGACUUCAGAGCGCUUCGUGAUAAAGGCUAUGGACUAACAACCCUGGCGAUAUGGUUGGUAGAAUUCGCUGCGUUUAUUCCCUACGCGUAUAUUGUGUCCUAUGGGCUUUAUGCAAGAAUUCCCACUGAUAUCGCGUACCUGCUCUGCGUGUUCUUGAAUGUUGGCGCGAUACCUGGACGCGCUUUACCGGGUAUUGUGGCAGAUAAACUGGGCCGAUUCAACGUCAUGUCACUCACAGCAAUCGCUUGCGGGAUCUGUACACUGGCAUUAUGGUAUUGCUCUGGCACGAACGAAGGCGCUAUAGUUGCUUAUGCAGUACUAUACGGUUUCUGGAGUGGUGCUGCAAUCAGUCUUACUCCUGUGUGUAUCUCCCAGGUGUGCAAGAUGGAAGAUUACGGGAAAAGGAAUGGGACGACGUUUACGCUCGUCAGUAUUGGCACUUUGACGGGGAUCCCGAUGGCUGGAGCGAUCCAGGAGAGUCAGAAUGGAGGAUUCAAGGGUCUUAUUAUUUUUGCUGGUGUCCUUUAUCUAUCAGCGGCAGCGGUGUUUGUGCUUGCAAGGGGGGUGGUUGGAGGGUGGGGGAUGAAGGUGAGGUUUUGA